AUGGCAGUUCCAAUAUCAAGUCUGCUGACCAACGGGGCUGCAACUGAGCCACGGGAUCGCUGGACUUAUCUCGACAAGGUAUUGUCGACAACAUCUCCAUAUGCAGGAGAAGAAUUUGUGCCCGGUCAGGAGACCAUCAAUGCACUUGAGACCUCAACCGUUCUGGUCAUUGGGGCUGGUGGCCUUGGGUGCGAAAUUUUGAAGAACCUCGCAUUAUCUGGAUUUAAAGAUAUCCAUGUUAUUGACAUGGACACUAUCGAUGUAUCAAAUCUGAAUCGACAAUUCCUUUUCCGUCAAGCAGAUGUUGGCAAAUCAAAGGCUGAAGUGGCGGCAGCUUUCGUCGAGAAGCGUGUCCCCGGAGUGAAGAUCACGCCAUACAAUGGCAAAAUUCAAGACAAGGACGAAGAAUAUUACAUGCAGUUCAAGCUAGUGGUAUGCGGGCUUGACAGUAUUGAAGCUCGACGAUGGAUCAACGCAACACUUGUAGACAUGGUCGACAUGGAGAAUCCUGAAUCGCUCAAACCUCUCAUCGAUGGUGGAACGGAAGGCUUCAAAGGUCAAGCACGUGUCAUUCUGCCGUCCCUCACAUCCUGUAUCGAAUGUCAAUUGUCUAUGCAUGCACCUCGCGCGGCUGUUCCGCUCUGCACACUGGCCACCAUUCCUCGACAACCCCAGCACUGCAUCGAAUGGGCCCACAUAAUCGCAUGGGAAGAGCAGCGGAAAAGCGACCCCCUCGAUACUGAUGACCCGGAACAUAUUACCUGGCUCUACACCAAAGCUCUCGCUCGUGCCAAAGAGUUCAACAUUCCAGGUGUCACAUACUCGAUGACGCAAGGUGUGGUUAAAAACAUCAUACCAGCAAUUGCCAGCACUAACGCCAUCAUCGCCGCCUCGUGCUGCAAUGAAGCACUGAAGAUCGCCACAUCCUGCGCACCGUUUCUCGAAAACUACAUGAUGUACACCGGCGACUCAAACGAAGCGGGGCUCUACACGUACACCUUCGCAGCCGAGAAGAAGGACGACUGUCCGGUGUGCGGCAACCUGGCGCAAAACAUCACCGUCGACCCAGAGAGCACGCUCGGAGACUUCCUAUCCAGUCUAGCUGAGAGAGCAGAAGCGCAGUUGAAGAAGCCAAGCAUUCGUACUGAAGCAAGGACGCUCUACGUGCAAGCACCAAAGAGCCUGGAAGAGCAGACGAGACCGAAUCUAGCAAAGAAGCUGAAAGACUUGGUGGGUGAUGGUGAGGAGGUGGGUGUGUCUGAUCUGGCAUUUCAGAUCUCGUUUAAAUUCCGACUGAUAUUCAAGUGA